AUGGCGAGCAACACCAUCAAAGUGGUGGCGCGUUUCCGCCCGCAGAACAAGAUCGAGAUUGCCAGCGGUGGUGAGCCCAUUGUUGACUUUAAGGCUGACGACACAUGCUCGAUCAACUCCAAAGAGGCCUCGGGGGCCUUUACCUUCGAUCGAGUCUUUGACAUGAGCUCGCGCCAAGUUGACGUCUUCGACUACUCUAUCCGACCGACCGUCGACGACAUUCUCAAUGGAUACAACGGCACAGUCUUUGCUUACGGGCAGACAGGCGCGGGCAAGUCCUACACGAUGAUGGGAAGCGACAUCGACGACGACGCAGGCAAGGGUGUCAUUCCACGUAUCGUCGAGCAGAUUUUCGCAAGCAUCCUAGCCUCUCCCAGUAACAUCGAAUACACCGUUCGAGUGAGCUACAUGGAAAUCUACAUGGAGCGCAUUCGCGAUCUGCUCGUACCACAGAACGACAACUUGGCUGUGCACGAAGAGAAGAACAGGGGUGUCUACGUCAAGGGCCUUCUGGAGGUCUAUGUCUCGAGUGUUGAUGAAGUCUACGAGGUCUUGCGAAGAGGUGGUCAGUCGCGAGCCGUCUCCGCUACCAACAUGAACGCCGAAUCAUCACGUUCGCAUUCGAUCCUCGUCGUCACAGUCACCCAGAAGAACGUCGAAACAGGGUCGAUGAAGAGCGGUCAGUUGUUCUUGGUCGAUCUGGCUGGAUCAGAAAAGGUCGGUAAAACAGGUGCGAGUGGUCAGACCCUCGAAGAGGCGAAGAAGAUCAAUAAGAGUUUGAGUGCGCUGGGCAUGGUUAUCAACUCUUUGACGGACUCGAAAGCCUCCCACGUUCCCUACCGCGACUCGAAACUCACCCGUAUCCUGCAAGAAUCUCUCGGAGGUAAUUCGAGGACGACCCUGAUCAUCAAUUGUUCGCCAAGUAGUUACAACGAUGUGGAAACCCUCAGCACUCUGCGAUUCGGUAUGCGAGCGAAAACGAUUAAGAACAAGGCUAAAGUCAACGCUGAGCUCAGCCCGGCGGAACUCAAGGCUAUGCUCAAGAAGGCACAGAGUCAGAUCACAACCUUUGAGACUUACAUCGGGUCAUUGGAGGGUGAGGUCCAGAUUUGGCGUGGUGGAGAGUCGGUCCCUAAAGAAAGGUGGACACCUGCAAUCGAGGGUGGCACAACCUCUACAAGCAAAAGACCAGCAUCAUCAGCCCGCGCACAGACACCAUCACGAUUCGAUGCCACAAGGAACUCUGAGACACCAUCGAGACCGGACUCACGCAUGGAUCUGGACCGCGCAGGCACACCUAACAUACCCUUGGACAAGGAUGAGAAGGAUGAGUUCCUGAGGAGAGAAAACGAGCUUCAAGACCAAGUUGCCGAAAGGGAGUCGCAGCUUGCUAAGGCCGAGGACCAGCUCAAGACCGCCAAAGAGGAGCUUCAGUACUACAAAUCCAAGGACAGCGAGUCAACCAAAGCGCACGAGAAGAUGACGACCGAGCUCAAUGACAUGAGGAUGACAGUCGAGAGGAUCCAGUUCGAGGGCAAGGAGGCUCAGAUUACAAUGGAUGGGCUGAAGGAAGCCAACUCUGAGUUAACGAUGGAACUGGAUGAAAUCAAGCAGCAACUUCUGGACGCAAAGAUGAACGCUAAGGAGUCGAGUGCUGCAAUUGACGAGAAGAAGAAAAAGAAGGCCGAGGCGAUGGCACAGAUGAUGGCUGGCUUCGACCUGGGUGAUGAGGUCUUCAGCGAGAAUGAACGCAGCAUUCGCAAGAUCAUCGAACAACUCGACCAGCUGCACGAGAUGAGUUCAGCUGGGGAGGCGAUCGCUCCGGAUUCUCUGCAAGAGCUCAGGGAGAGAAUAGUUGAGACUCAGGGCAUCGUCCGACAGGCAGAGCUCUCGCUCACAGCACGCAACGAAGACGACAACGUGCACAACAAGCGACGUGAGGCUUUCGAGGCACGCAACGCUGCUCUGCAACGUUCGUACGAAGAGCUUCUUGAAAGCAACCUGUCUGAGGCAGACACUGAAGAGCUCAAGUCUCGUCUCGCAGAUGCUUAUGCUGCUCGUCAGGACGGCAACGUCGAGCUUGUCGAUGACCUGAAGGUAGACCUUGCCCGCAGAGUGGAAGAGAACCAGAAGUACAAGAACGAGAUCGAGGGCCUGCAGCAGCGAAUCAAGAGCGGCGCAAUCGCGAACGGUGUUGCCAAUGGUAUCAAUGGCAAGUCGGUCCAGCAGCAGAUCGCUGAGUUCGACAAUAUGAAGAAGAGCCUGAUGCGCGAUCUCCAAAACAGGUGUGAGCGGGUCGUUGAACUCGAAAUCUCUCUCGAUGAGACACGCGAGCAGUAUAACAACGUGCUCCGCACAUCCAAUAACCGCGCCCAGCAGAAGAAGAUGAUGUUUCUUGAGCGUAACCUAGAGCAGCUCACCGUUGUGCAGAGGCAGCUUGUCGAGCAAAACAGUUCCCUGAAGAAGGAGGUCGCUAUCGCUGAGCGCAAGCUGAUCGCACGUAACGAACGUAUCCAGUCGUUGGAGAGCUUGCUGCAAGACAGCCAGGAGAAGCUGACAGCAGCAAACCACCGCUUCGAAUCGCAACUCACAGCCGUCAAAGAGCGCCUCGAGGCGGCAAAAGCCGGCUCAACACGAGGAUUGGGCUCACCCAACGCCGGUGCAUCAUUCGCGUUCGGCGGUGGUGUAGGGUCUCGCAUUGCGAAGCCCCUUCGUGGCGGAGGCGGAGAUGGUCCAGGCCUACCCAUCAUCGGCAGCCUCCAGAAGGAUGGCGAGGUCGAGCCCAAGAACAAGCGCACAAGCUGGUUCUUCAAGCAAGGAUGA